GUGUCAAUUACAAUUUACAAUAAUUGAACUGUCAACGUCUGAUGAUUUACUUGUGACGUGUACUUACAAUUUUUAUGUUGCGGAUUGCAAUUAUCUAAUUUUGUUUUUGAAGGAUUAAGACGAGAAUAAAGAUACAAUAAUGAUCACGGAUAUCCAGUUGGCUGUGUUCUCAAACAUUCUGGGUGUAUCGAUCUUUUUAUUGGUCAUCCUUUAUCAUUACAUCAGCGCAAACAGUUCGAAAUAAAACAUGGUAAGAUAAUAUGGAUUUUCCAGGGGAACCAAAUUAUUAUGGAGCUACAAUAAUGUGUGAUUCUGCUAAGUGUAUAAUAAUUAAGAUGUUAAAUAAAUUAAGAUACACCUAAA